UUUUUGCUUUCAUUUCAAAGCCCUGGAAUAUGAUUUAUUGCAGAAAUCUUUGAAAUCUGUUCUCCCACUUUAGAAGAGAUGAAGAAAUGUUUUUGGGUUUCAAGGCCAGCUAUGAAAAUUCUCCAAUUUCCUCUUAGGCUUUGAGUUUAAAAUGACAUUUGAUCUCUUGUGUGUGUGUGUGUGUGUAUGUAUAUGGAAUUUAGGUUGCUCAAGGCAAGAAAUCUGGUUGUUUUUUCAGGACUGUGCUAUGCACCAUCUCAGCUAUAACACUGACCAUGUUUUUUUUUUUGAGGAAAAUUUGUUUCACUGUUAGGAACACUUGGCUGUUUCUGAUUUUUGCCUUGCCUAUAAUCUGGGUUUUCUUCCAACUGCAUAGAAUUCUUUGAGGAAAAAUCAUCUGCAUCUCAGCUUUGCUGAGUAGGAAGGUCACCCAGUUCUCCUUGCUGUUUGUCAUACGAGCUGAGGAAAGCACUUCCUUGGAAGUGAUUGUUUGGACAUAAAUGUUUAAAAAUGUCUGACCAGAAAAAUAUUAUAUACAGAAUCCAUUGUAUUGAAAAGCUACUCUCUGAGAACAAUUUCCAAGAUAUUGAGGAUCAUUUUAGAGAGCUUGAAGAAGUCAGUAUGACUGUAGAAUAUCUUCAGGGGACUGAAGUUGUCAAGGUUGUAUACAGAGUACUAAAGAGCUGCCCUUCAGCAGAGCUGAAAAAGAAAGCAAAGCAGCUGUUAUCAAGAUGGAAAGCACUUUACAAGAAUAACCAUCUUCAGUCAGUGCAAGUCAAGAAGUCACUUUCUGUAUGUGUGAGUGAGAAAACUGAACAUCUUGAGAUUCCUGGAGAGCAGUUGCUGUCUGAAGGACCUUGUCAGCAGGUAGUAUUAGAUGCUCUCCCUUGUAAAAUUUUGGUCCCACCACAAACCAUUAAAAAAGUGGUAAGUAACAAUGCAGAAGGCAGCAUAGAUCAGCUUUCUGCUUUUGAGGAAGGAUGCAUUAAUAAUGAAGGUUGUAAACCUCUUGUUAAUGAAGCAGGCUUGCAGCAGGAUCACAUGAGAGCUCUGAGGUGUAAAUGCACAGAUCUUCUUUAUAAAGCUUUGACUGGUUCUGCCAAGGACAAAGAAGAAACUGAUAAAUGGCUAGAGCUGUCUAAAGAAAUUGAAGAACAUGUUUUUGCUCUUCAUUCUAAAAAUGACAGAAAGUAUAAAAAUUGUAUCAGAAGUAAAAUCUCUAACCUGAAGAACCCUAAAAGUUGCAACUUAAAACAUAACCUUUUUUCAGGGACUUUGAGUCCAAAGGCUUUUGCUGAGAUGACAGUGAUGGAAAUGGCCAGUGAUGAACUGAAACAGCUCAGGGCCCUGUACACAGAGUCCUCUAUUCAAGAACAUCAGCUUCCACAAGUUAUUAAUGGCACACAGACAAGCAAAAUAAAGUGUAGGCGCUGUGAAAAAUUUGAUUGCACUGUCACUAUGAUUGCCAGAGGAACUCUCUUUCUUCCAGGCUGGGUGCGAAACACAAAUCCAGAUGAACAAAUGUUGACCUUUGUUAUUUGUAAUGAAUGUGGAGAACAAUGGUAUCACAGCAGAUGGAUUUGUUUGUGAUGCUCACUCACUUUAAGAAGUCACUAAAAACACAGAUAAGAGAAGAUGUCUCUUGAAACUGUAUAGUGUGAAACAGUAGACACAAAUAAAAAUUGCAAAAGCACUUUUUAAAA